GAGGACAUCGUGGUCGACAUGCCGGCGGACGUUCCACCCGAGGUGGAGGAAUUGGCUACCCACGAUCCGGAGAAGGAAGGGAACGCACUGGAUAUGGUCAAGGAGGGCGACCAGGCGAAGGCCAUGGAACAAGCUGAGGCGGCGAACGCCCAGUGA